AUGAAGACGUCAAUUGAAAGAUGCCUCAAUGAUACGUUUAUGAAGGAAUAUGGUUUGAGUACCCAAGUGACAAGAUUCAAUUGUCACGGUCUAUCUGACAGUAAACGAGAGCUCGACAAAGCUGAUAUAGCAAUUGCUAUACUACUAUUGACAAUUGUCUUGUUAAACGUUGCUGGAACUAUCUACGAUUACAAGAGUAAAGAAAAUAUCAAAGAUAAGAAAUAUCUACUCUGUUUUUCACUUGCACGAAACUGGAAGAAGCUUACGUCUUACAAUUCAAAUGGAGACGGUCAAAUAGAAUACCUUAAGGGAUUAAAUGGAAUUCGGUAUCUUGGAGCAGACAUGCAAUUAUAUUGCUUGGGAAUAAUUUUAUCCGUGAUUUUGAAGAAGAAAAGUCUGAGGAAACCUGUGUUGGCUAGUGUUCUACUCUUAGGGAUUGCUGCAAUAGCUAUUCACACAUAUGUUCGUGAUUUAGAUCCAAUACUAAUUUUGGCUCCUGAAGAAAUUAAGACUCUUUUUUGGACCGGUUCCACUUUCAACGAAACUUAUAAAAUGGGUCACGCUAAUAUACCCAGCUUUAUCAUUGGUAUGAUGCUUGGUUAUUAUGUUUAUGAAAAACGAAAAACCAGAUUACAAGUACCAAAGAAUACAGGACUAAGAUAUCUUUACUGGGCGCUAAUACCCCUGACAACGGCAGUCAUGUUCUCAGGAGAGGUAUUCUAUCGUGAUGCUCCCCGCGAUCCACUUUUAGUUCGCGUCGCGUACGCGGCUCUAAUCAAACCCAUCUUCUCUUCCCUGAUAGCUAUCCUUUUAUUAGGAAUGAUAUUUAAAGUAGAAAGUAAGACUCAUUACUAA